UGCAUAUAGGUAUUUUAUGUUGUACGCAGACGCAUUCCGGCAUUCGUGUACUUAUUGCGCUGAAAACAAAUUUUAAAUAAAAUGUAAUCAGUAGCCACAUUUGAGCUCACUGUUAUGUUUGACUAUAAAUAUGAGUACCUUCAUAAGUGUUAGUUUAAUAUAGCCAAGUUGUAUAUUAGAGCAAAUAUCGACAAUAUCAUACACCUAGAUGAACUUUUGAGGAUACAAUUUAACUAAAGUUUUGAAGCGGAUGACAUAAAAACCAAGACUCGAAUCGAUUGCUGAACAAGGAGACCGAAAGCAAGAUUUGGAUAUAAAUUAAUACGCAUACAGUAUUCAACCGAAAAUAACAUUGAUAAGAUAUAAUAAAAUGUAAAAAAUAUCUGUGAAAGGAAAAUUUUUGUUCAAGUAUUGCGGUUGAGUUAUAUUUUUUUGUUUAUAGAUUCAGUGAAUCGCACUUGAUACAUAGCCAGAGCUCAUUACCAAUAAUUAACUAUAGGAUUAUACAUGUUUUUGUAGCAAUAAUAAAAACAAUAAAACAAUCAUACCUCUUUAAAUAAAAACUCAAUUUAAAAAUUACGUAUUAAUAAUGAUUUUUAUAAAUUAUUCAUUUUUGGCAUUAAUUUUUAUUAAUUUUCUGUUUUAUGUCAGGUCGGAAAGUUGUAAUUAUAUUUCAAAUUUCUUCACGAAGAAAACUGUAUUCGUUUUUAAUACAGAGGAAUCAGUAGAGUUUCUUCCAACUGAAUUUAAAACUCAAAGUUUUGGAUGGUUUUCAUUGGACUUUGGAAAUAAUACUGUAUACCCUAAUCUUAUUACAUACAAAAAUAAUGAUGUUGAAACACUCUCAGACUCUGAUUUGAAAAUUAAUAAUGACGAUAUGAUGAAAGCCCUUCAUAAAAGCCUCAUUAAUAAUGAACGUUUACACGACGUAAUAAGCGUUUUUCCUACUAGAUAUGUGGUUAGAAUAGCAGGUUCCACAAAUGUAAGGGUCUUCACAUUUAAAUUUGGCGUUGAUGUUGAAAUUGAUCAUUCAAAAUGUGAAAUAGAUAAAAUUCGAUUUAUAAAAUCAGUGAUAAAAGGAAUGAUUUGUAAAACUAUUUUUGCGUCUGGCACAAGGUAUAACAUUAAGUGUGAUACUAUCACAUUAAAUUUACUGCCUAUUGAUGAAAGUGGUAAACUUGAAGUAGAAAAAACGUGUAAGAAAUAAUUUUUGUUUUUUGCUGUAAGGCUUGCUGUAAAAAUAUGAAUUAACAUACAUUUAUGAUUUAUCGUAUACAGUUUUUGAUUAAUCAUGCAAACAGCUAAAUGUUAUGAUUAUAUAUUUUAUUGUAAAAAAUGAAAUUGUUCGUAUUUCAUAGUCAAAAAUAUUACCUAAAUAAAUGAAAGAGUGAUUGAUGCUAAUAUGUGAGACGAUAUAUUUAUGAACGUAUAAUAAUAUUAUGUAAUUACAUAAAAUGUAAUAUUGUAUCAAUUUAAAUAAUUAUAAAUAAUUAUUUGUCACUAAAAA